AUGACUGCCCCUCCAACAGCGAGUCUAGGCACCGGAGUGGCCGACCGCGACAACCCGCUCACUAUCGGGGAAACAGAACCACGGACGCCGAUAGCUGAGCCAGACGCAGAACCAGCCCCGUCAAUUACCACAGCAAGCCUCAAGAGUGGGUUUCAGGGAAAGCCAGAGAAAGGUGCAGGCGAUGUCAAGAGACCGCGUUUGCUAGAUCAUGCUCCUGUGCUUGUAUCCAAGUCAAAAGCAGCGAGAUCAAAAGAGGCUUUAAUGGCUUUCUACCUGGGCCGAGCGAAGCAAAUGGAAGCGAAGCACAAAGAGAAAGUAGUCUCGCCUACACAGCUGGCUUUCGGGGAGCAAAAUCGGGCUGUACGUAUUUCCAUUCUAGGACAUCCAGGCGUGAAGACGCAGAAAUCGGCGAUAGUUGAGGGAUCGGAAUGGGCUCCGGUGGAACUUCUUCAUAAUCUCGGAAGUGGAGCUCAGACAACGGGGAAGCCGGAUAAUGACCGAACAGUAGCGGUGAGCCAAGACUGGAACAAACUCGUGGCGAAUAAGACUCGUUUUCUAAGGAAGAAUUGA